CUGAAGAGUAUUUUUCGUUUUGUUGUCAUAGUUUUCAGUUCAUGUAAGAUAUCGUAUGCAUAUUUUCAUACACUGAUCAAUGGCGCUUCCGGGCGGCUUUGGCUUCCAAAUUUUUUGCUGCAUUGCUGCCUUGGUAUACUGUUUAAUUCCGGCCAGCGGUGGAAUAUUCUUAUUCAGGCGCCAAUUUGGACAGUUUCCGAAAUGGAUUGAUGCCCGCCCAAAGGAAGCAUACGACGCAUGGAUCUUCGAUGACCGUUCCAUUGACCCUAUUCCUUCGCCGGCAAAUAUCGGGAAAUUAGUCUACUGUAUCUUGGAAGAUGCCUUUCUCCCUAAAUGUCCUGUUCACCGGCCCCAACCAUGGUUAUCGACUCUCCCCUACCGCGGCAACCAACCGCAUCAAUAUGAUCCUGAUUAUGUUCGUCAGCCGGCGAAACCGUUCACCUUCGCUAACAGCCCCUUCCUACAUCCGCUUGCCCAUCAAGACCUCACACCUCAACACGGGCGCCCGAAUAAACCAAACAAACCCAAGCCGGUGAACAAUGACGGGAACAAACCUUCGGACAGUAAACCGAACCAUAUCCCACCCAAUGCCGGAAAUGGUCAGAGCGGGAAUCAGAUCCGCCCAGAAGGUCAUGGCGGGCAUCCUGCAGCGGGAAGCGGGAACCAUAUUAAUAAUUAUAAACCAAUACAAGCGAGCAAUCCGUUGACCGGAAGUGGCCAAGGUCACGGAGGGGCAGGAGAGCAUCCACGGCCGCCCUCCUCUGCAACGAGCAAUCAUCAGAACUCCGGUGGCGGAAACCGACCAGGUGGUUCUCCAGGAGGCCAGCCAGGUCGAGGUUCUUCCGGAGGCUUAGGCGGUGGUAGUCACCCCGCCGGUGGAAGUGGCGGUGGAGGUAACCACGGAAGCGGUGGCGAUGGUAGUGGAGGAGGUGGUAGAGGCGGUUCUUCAGGAGCACAUGGAGGUGGUGGAGGCGGAGGCCAGGGAGGUGGCGGUCACGGAGGUGGUGGAGGUCAUGGCAGGCGGAAGUGGAGGAGGAGGGUCAGGUGA